AUGCCGUCUCUCCCACCUCUCCCACCUGCCAACUUCAACGGAACCAUCCCCAUAAACGGUAUCGACCUCUGGUACGCCACCUUCGGCGCUCCCUUAUCAUCCACCCAAGCCAAGAACCAACCCCCUCUCCUUUUCCUCCACGGCGGCUUCGCCAACAGCGAAUACUGGGCGCACCAAAUCCUGCACCUUCAGGACUCAGGUCACACUCUCAUCACGAUCGAUUCUCGAGCCCAAGGCCGCUCUUCCGAUGACACAACGAAGCCUAUCACGUACGAUGCUAUGACUUUGGAUGUGAACGAUGCACCGACUUGGAAGACAUACAUGGCCUGGGUGCAGGAAGAUUUCGGAAGGCUUUCGCCAAGUACUGGGACUUUUGACGAGAUGAGUGGCCGCUUGCUGGAGAUGUGGAACUCCGAGCCGGCGUGGAAUGGAACGGCGUUUGGGAAGAUUCCAAGCGUGUUCGAGGAGCCCAAUGCGCCGCUGGUGUGGAUUGUGGAUGGGGAUAGUGAAGAGGCUGUCAACAGAGACGUGCCGAGGACCAUGCUCGACUGGAUAUGGGGCUCGUCAUUGGUCAUACUGCCGGGCGUCUCGCAUUUUGCCUUUCUACAAGACCCACGCACCUUCAACGCCAUGCUCGAUCGCUUCCUCAGCAUUGAGAGAUAG